CACACUUUUCCACCUCAAAAACCCUUCGAUGGAUAGACUAUGAUCCUCGAGUUGCAUUGCUCUUCGGUUCGAAUGUAAAUUUGGCUUUUCUGAUCAUUUUCUCUUCAUAGAUCCCUCCGCCAAAGAUUGUAUUCGCUUAGUCUUCACUUCCGGGUCCGCCAUUUUGUUGCCUCCAUUUCUCCACGAGGGGGGGUUAAAGGCCCCCAAAAUAUGCAUAUAUGAAAAGGCCAAAAAGUAACCGUCAGUGACAGGGAGUGUUAACUAGAGAAAGAAACGGGACCAAACUGGCGGGCUCGGUGAAAGCGCGGCCGGCAGCGUCCCGGACGAGGAGCUUCCCGAAAACAUUUGUUCCUAUGCAUAAAGAUGUCUUUGGUGGAUUUGGGGAAGAGGUUGCUAGAAGCAGCAAGAAAAGGCCAAGAUGAUGAAGUGAGAACAUUGAUGGCAAAUGGCGCCCCAUUCACCACAGACUGGCUUGGAACAUCACCCCUCCACCUUGCAGCCCAGUAUGGUCAUUAUUCCACAGCAGAAGUGCUCCUUCGAGCAGGCGUUAGCAGGGAUGCCCGGACCAAAGUGGACAGGACCCCUUUGCACAUGGCUGCAGCUGAUGGACAUGCACACAUCGUGGAACUGCUUGUUAGGAAUGGUGCAGAUGUGAAUGCCAAGGACAUGCUGAAGAUGACAGCUUUACACUGGGCUACAGAACACCACCAUCGAGAUGUUGUAGAGCUACUUAUCAAAUAUGGAGCUGAUGUCCAUGCUUUCAGCAAGUUUGAUAAAUCUGCCUUUGACAUAGCCCUGGAGAAAAAGAAUGCUGAAAUUCUGGUCAUCCUUCAGGAAGCGAUGCAGAAUCAGGUGAAUGCUAAUCCCGAGAGAGCCAACCCCGUGACUGUGGCUGCCCCAUUCAUCUUCACAUCUGGAGAAGUUGUCAACCUCGCUAGCCUUGUUUCUUCAACCAACACCAAAACAACCUCAGUAGGUGACCCCCAUGCCUCCUCAGCACCACACUUGUCACAUUCCACCACCACAGUGCUGGCCACCCUUGCAGCUCUUGCUGAGGCAUCAGCCCCCUUGUCGAACUCUCACAGAGCCGCAGCUAAUUCAGAGGAAGUCAUAGAGGGAAAUUCUGUUGACUCAUCAGUCCAGCAAGUGGUGGGGAGCGGAGGCCAAAGGGUCAUCACUAUAGUGACUGAUGGAGUCCCUCUGGGUAAUAUACAAACUGCGAUCCCUACUGGAAGCAUUGGCCAACCAUUUAUUGUAACUAUGCAAGAUGGACAGCAAGUUCUAACUGUACCUGCUGGUCAGGUUACAGAGGAAACUGUAAUUGAAGAAGAGGAAGAAGCAGAGAAGUUGCCUCUGACUAAGAAACCAAGAAUAGAAGAGAGGACAAACAGUGUGGAGGAGAGCAAGGAGGGCACUGAAAGAGAGCUACUCCAACAGCAGCUCCAAGAGGCCAAUCGAAGAGCCCAGGAAUACCGACACCAGCUCCUAAAGAAAGAACAGGAAGCAGAGCAGUACCGCCUCAAGCUAGAGGCUAUGGCCAGACAACAGCCCAAUGGAGUUGAUUUCACCAUGGUUGAAGAGGUGGCCGAAGUAGAUGCUGUAGUAGUGACAGAGGGGGAGAUGGAAGAGAGAGACACGGAAGAGACUGGGGCAGGAGGGACCGUAGAGCCUCAUUCUGGAGUUCCCUUGGAAACUGUUUCAUCUUAAUGUGUGAGGGCCACAACUUGUACUGUGUCCAUCUUUUUCCUCUUUCCUCUUUUUAAAAGAAAAUACAGAGGACAGACAUUGUAUAAAAAUUAAGAAUGUCCUUAAGAAGAAAACUAUAGCAGGGUAACAGUGCUUGGGCUCAGGAAGGCUUGCUAUGCAACUGGAAAAUUCAAAACCAAAUUUAGGAAAUACUUCUUUUGAAGGACCAAAAGAAUAAGGACCAAUUUUCUCAGCUCACAUCCCCACUUUAAACUUAGAGGUAAAAGAAUGUUGGAUGUUGUGGGUUGAUUGUUUUUUAAAUAACUGACUUUGUAUCAGAAGAUUUUAAGAUAACAUUCCUAGUAUAGACAUGCACAGAGCUUUUUAUAAUUGCAUCGUCAAGUGACCUUAAAUUUUGCCUUAUAUUUAUGACGUACCUGGUAGAGAAGAAAACUAAUUAGGAGGUGGGUGAGAAGCAAGGUUUUGGGAAGAGAAAAUAUAUGUUCUGCUUCCAAAGGAGCAGGCAUUCCCCCUAUCCUGAUUUAAUUUCACCAAAAAGAAAUUGGUAAUUGCCUAACUCUGCAUCCAUUAUGUGUCCAUAAUUUAGAUGCCAGUUUAAGAAACUGAAGUGGAAUAUUUAAAAACUGGAAAGGAAAGAAACUUGUUUAUGUGGGAGAAGUGUAUGUAAAUCCAAAAUCCUCCAGGCUGUGCUUCACAAUGCUGGAAAGUGGCCAGGAAGAGGCUUGUGGGGUUAUAAAACAAUCUGGUCCCGAGAUACAAACUUUGCUCUGGCUGGAUUUUAUAAAAUUGAAAUCAGGAAGAUAGUCUGUUGCUAGAACAACUUGCUUCCACACAUUUAUUUAUAUAAUAUCAAGCUUUAAUAUCAACUUUUUAAUUUUAUAAAAUUUUAUUGAGUUUUCUAAGUGUGCCUUUGUGUGGAGCUUAAAGGGUAUCCUUCUCAUUGUAAAAAAAGAAGUCGGGGGAGAGGCAAUUGCUGAGGGUGUUGGUGGAGUUCUGUUUCCAUUUGACCUGGGAUGAGCAGAUUGUUCUGUUCCUUAAGGUCGGCUUUUUUGCAGAGCUUUUGUGCCUUGUAGGUGCUUGGUGUGUGUUGGCAAAAGAGUGAAAAAUUAGAAGUGCCAUAAAGUAAGGAACCAAAAAUUCUGGCUCAAUAACUUCAUCUGCCUGACUCCGUUCUCUACCACUGUGCCUGCUCCCUUUUCUUAGAUGCUUUUGUAAAGUGUUUCAUUACUGGGUUUUCUUUGUGUACCAGUUUGGAGUUUUUUCAGAAGGAGGGGUUAUGGAUGGAAAGAGAGAGGUUGUGGAGAAGUUACAUUACAGAAGUUACUGCCUUUGACAUUGGGCCCCCAUCAUUCUAGACCUGCUCUCUUGCUUUAUUGUAAAUGAGAAGAAGAAACCAGAGGAUGUGCCAAGUAAACAUUUGAAUGACUGUUUAGAAUACGGUUUUCUUAAUUAGCAAUCAUGGGGAAAACAUAUAUUUUUAAUUUGGAAUAAAACUUGACAGUUCACAUGGUUCUAUUUAUCUUGAUUAGUGAAGUAAUUUGCUGCAGUUUUCCAGAGGUGCAGAAUCACUUGGGGCUCAAAAUAGACCUAAAACAUAACUCGCCAAACCAAAUUUGACAAACAAAAUUGGUUAUUAGAGGCUUAUAGGCAAAAAAUACCAGUUUGAAAUUAAUCCUGGCCAUUGGCCACCACUAGGAGAAAACCACCACUAGGUUUUCUCCGUAGGCUUGAGAGAUUUCUCUUGGUUUGGGGGGAAGACGAGAAGCCCAGAUAAGGGCUAGGGUGAAAUUGUGCCAUUUUCUGUCAAGUUGUCCUUUUUCGGCUUGCAAUGUUUUUCUUUUUUCUGACCCCCUUUGUGAACCAGAUGCUAACAAUAAGAUGCUACUGUGUGCCAUUUCGGAGCUUUAGCCUAACCAUAGAGACAGAUGGACCAAGUGUCAUUUUAGAUGUGUUUGGUUUAUUUUCUUUGUUUAUAUAUUGACUUUAAUUCCUUUUUUUCCCCUCUUUCCUGUUAAGGGAGAGGAGGUUAACUCUGCAGAGGAUAGCCAGGCCCAGCUACCUGUCUCUCUGGGAUAGCUUCUGACCGGGCCCAUGAGUUGCCAUCCAAUACUCCCUGCUGAGCAUACAGAGUUCCUACUGUUUGGGGGAAUUUCAGAAAUACUUAUCAUUCUCUUUCUGUAGGAGGCUGUUACCCUCACCUAGAAAAAUCUCUAAUACAGCCCAAGUCAUUUUUGAUGAUGGGGUCUCUGAGAUAGGGAGUUGGGAUAGGGAAAGAGAAAAGAGAAAUGUCUGGAAAGGGAAGAGUAGCAAAAAGGUAUUUGUUGUUAUUUACUUGAAAUACACCUUUUAUCAUCCCAGAGAAGGGAAAUAGGAUUUGAUCUCCAGUUGUAUUGCCAUGGAGAAAAUGGCAGGUCCAGAUCCCUUGAAGUAGGUAGAAAUUAAAGAUGAAAUGCAUUAAUGGCAAAAACAUUUUAUGAUUUGCAUCUUUCAGGAUCAGCAAUGGAAGUUGGGAAAAUGUUGCUAGAUCCCAACUGUUGUGUUGGCAAGAUUGGAUUACAGAGAAUCAAUUAACAGACAGGUGGUUCAGACUUGGUACUUAAGCAGAAAAAACUUGGAAUCUAGGAUGAUUGCCUACUUUAAAGCUGCUUUAACAAUAUCAGUAUUAAUUUAUGAAUUUUAGAUUCUACAUUUGCAUUUUGGUUUUAAGCCUUCCCUGAGAAAAGAAAAAGAAAGAAGUCUUCAUAUUUCUGUUCUUAUUCCUAGCUUCAGGGAAAUUCUUAUAAAUAUAUAAAUGUACAAUUCCCUUCCUAUCACUACCUCUGUGGGAUCUCUUAAUUGUAAUGCCAGAGUUGAGGUUUCUUAAUGGAGAUAUGGGAGAACUUGACUUUAGGUUUUUCUAUGUUUUGAACUCAGUGCCUUAAAAGAUGUUCUUCUUUUCCUGUCAGAUCCAUGUAUAGUUAUUUUUGGCUCUGUCUUUCCCCCUUCUUCAGCCUUACCAUUGCAUUAUUAAAAUUUUUGUAUCUGCUCAGUAAUGUUAGAAAU